UCGACGUACCGUGUGUGACAAGCUAACAGCGUCCUCUGCUAAUGUUACCGCAUAGCGGUGCAAGAUUUUCAUUGAUGAGGUUUCUGUGAUCAAUCAUUUGCAUUUUUUGGCUUACUCGACAGCCAUAGAAAUAAAUAACAAUGACAUCCAGAGGGACGCCAAGUCGUUUUCUGAAAAGCGUCCUCCAAAACGGCGUGGGUCGUUACGUGUGCCAACUCAAGCGGCUCUCUAUCAUCUUUUCCAAAACGCGCAAAAGCUCGCUGGGUGUCAGGGAUUUUAUUGAAGACGGAGUGGUGGAUUACGCCAAAAAGAACCCUGGUACCGUCGUGUAUGUGUCCCCACAGACGUGUUAUAAACCCAAGAUAGUGGCGGAGUACUUAAACGGCAACGUGAGGGAAGAGAUUGUAGCAAGUAAAACGUCCUCGCAGAUCUUGGAGCUUCUCACCAAGAUGACCAAUCAGUCGGGCCAAGACAUCAUCCGCAUUCGCAAGCCCUUCCACACAGACAGCCCCAGCAUCCAGGGCCUAUGGCAUCCCUUCACCAACCGCCCCCUCACCCCCCGGAAUGACAACAAGGCCGAAGACGCCGUACAAGAUACUGCUCUGUGCGUCGCUCCCGCGCAGGAGGAACACGCCACGUAGGACGUUGAGGUACAGCUCAUACUCAGGCACCAAACACACAAGGCGAGCUUUGAGGAAGGAGGUCCAUUUUCUCUGCAGGGUCCUUUGACCGCCCCAAUCUGUCUGUCAAGAGACAGAGGACGAGUAAAGCUGACAUGCACUGCAUAACACAUUUCUCGGAGUUAAUUUAAUUUUCUGAACGUGAGAGCCAAAGCUCAGUGACUUUUCUGGCUCAACUGCAAGGGCUUCACUGAUGUGACCUCCUUCUCAUAAAGAGGUCACAUGUCACAAAAAGCAGAAGAAAAUCACUCGGGGAUUUGUGUGUCCCCAUUGAGGAAGAUCUGACUUUAUUAUUUGUGUGUCAACAAAGCUUAAAAAAAUCCUUCACAAAUUCUAAAUUAUGACUCAUGUAAAAUGAUUUUACAUUGCAUUGUAUGUAUUACACAUAAGAGAAAGGACAAAACACUAAUUGAUUCGCAAGUUGGAAUUACACAGCGUCCAAUCAGAUGAGGUGUUAAUUUCAAAAAUUGUACUUUGACCCUUUAAUGUAAUCAAACAAGGAAACCAAAAUACUAUUUUCCUAUUUAUAUAAAUACAAUAAUAUUGCAGUGAUAAUUCUCUCCUCUCAGCAAAUUAGCAUAAUAAAUUUAAAUCAAGUGAGUUUAGACUUACCAUAUUUGUCAAAUCUAAAUAGAUCUUAUAUUUCAUGCCAUAAAGAAAGUUCUUUGUUG